AUGUUGAACCCCGUGUUUGUUGAGGCCUAUGGAAAAGCAUGGGAGGUUGAAGUGGAAAAUUCUCAAGGCCAAAUUUGGAUAGCCAAAGGAUGGAAUGAUUUUUGUGCCUAUUACCGAAUAAGCGUUAGGAGUUUAUCAAUAUUCACAUACAACCCGCAUUCUUACUUUGAUGUUGCUAUAUAUGAUCAGUAUACAACAGAAAUCGAAUAUCCAAUAGAUCAACUUAUUGAAUCAGAUGAAGAAGAGGAUGAUAUUCCAGUCCUCCAAGCUAAUGAUAAGGUAAUCGAGGAAGAUAUUCAAGUUAACCUUAAAACUAGUGUUAAUGUAAUCGAUCAAGAUAAGGAGGUUGGAGAAGCGAAUAGUAGAAGUCAAGAAAUUGGUGCAAAGAAUAGCAGUCGAUACAACUUUGUGAACUUUCAUGGUGACAAUCUGUAUUUUGAAAUGGUUAUAAAAACAGGCACAUGCUUCUUGUAUGGUAAGGUUUAA